AUGUCAUACGGCCCUCCGCAGGGUCAACCACCGUAUGGAGGUUAUCCUCCUCAGGGACAAGGAUAUGGAUACCCUUCACAAGGACCUCCACAACCUGGCGGAUAUCCUCCUGCGCAGGGAGGUUAUGGCGCUCCUCCACAGCAAGGAGGUUGGGGUCCUCCUCAGGGAGGCCCUUUUCCAGGACAGUAUGGCGGACCUCCGCCGCCGCAGGGCGGCUAUGGCCCUCCUCCUCCCGGCGGAUUUCCUCCACAACAAUAUCAGCAAUAUGGCCCCCCUCCCGCGCAACCUUCACCAGGCUACGUACCCGGCGCUCAAGCACAAGGUGAUGCAUCGCGUGAUGCAGAAGCCCUGCGUAAUGCCAUGAAAGGUUUCGGCACCGACGAGAGAACCCUGAUCCAGAUCCUUUCGAAACCGGACCCGUUACAGAUGGCACUACUGAGAAAUACCUACAACCAACGCUUCCACCGUGAUCUGGAGAAAGAUAUCAAGUCGGAGACAUCCAAGUAUUUCCGUGAUGGGCUGGUCGCGCUUGUUCAGGGCCCGCUUAUGCACGAUGUACACAGUGUGCAUGGAGCGAUCAAAGGGCUAGGGACAAAGGAGUCGGUGUUGAACGAUGUUCUGUUGGGUCGUUCGAAUGCAGACAUGCGCGCGAUAAAGCAGGCGUAUCAGCAGACGUACAGGCAUACCCUUGAAGCCGAUGUCAAAGGGGAUCUAUCGCUCAAGACGGAAAAGUUGUUCGACCUGGUCAUGUCGGCCACGCGAAACGAGGAAUCCGCGCCUGUUAUCCCUACCGAGACCGAGCGUGAUUGCACGGAGUUACAUCGCGCCAUGGAUGCGCGCGUCGGCACCGAUCAACUUACCGUGUGCACAAUUCUCAGCAGGCGGUCUGAUGGACAAAUCCGCGCUAUCGCCCACCAUUGGCACCAGAUGUACCGCUCGUCGUUUGAAAAGGUCAUCGAAUCCGAGUUCUCGGGACACAUGAAAGAUGCGCUGCUCUUGAUGGUGCGCAGGGCGUGUGAUCGCGCAAUGUCUGACGCCACGCAGCUGGAGGAUGCGAUGGCAGGGCCGGGCACGAAGGAUAUUUUGCUUGUUCAGCGGGUGGUUAGGGUGCACUGGGACAGGUUGCAUUUGGACCAGGUCAAGCGCGCCUAUGCGCACCGGUACAAGAAGGAUCUGAUCCAGAGAAUCAAAGGUGAGAUUCAUUUUGACAAGUACUAUGAGGGGCUGAUGGUUGCUUGCUUGUCUUGA